AUGGCGAAGGAUACGAGCAGCGAAGACGUCCUGAAGAAUUACGAGCGCAUCCAGAAGAUCGGCGAGGGGACGUACGGAGUUGUCUACAAGGCCUUGGACAAGAGAACUGGCAAAUACGUGGCGAUGAAGAAGAUCCGCACGCCGGACGGGGAAGAAGGAAUCCCGGCAACGACAGUCCGAGAGAUAUCGUUGCUCAAAGAGCUGGCGCAUCCGAACAUCGUGGCUUUGGACGAGUUCGUGCUGGAGGAGAAGUACACAUAUCUGAUAUUCGAGUACUUGCCGACGGACCUGCAAGAGUACAUUCGUUCGCAUUCGGAUGGUCAACUCAUCGACCGGGCGAUCCAGAAGCAGUACACGUAUCAGAUACUCCAGGCGAUCUGCUUCUGCCACCAGCGCGGCGUUCUGCAUCGUGAUCUGAAGCCGGAGAACAUCUUGUUGGACGAGAAGGGAAGCCUCAAACUCGCUGAUUUCGGACUCGCGCGACCGGUGGACAUCCCUGUCAAAAUGUACACGCACGAAGUGCUCACGCUUUGGUACAGAGCUCCUGAGGUGCUGCUCGGUAGCAAGCGCUACUCAGUGGGAGUGGAUAUUUGGAGUAUCGGGUGUAUCUUCGCCGAACUGGCCACCACAAAGCCACUGUUCCCGGGCGACUCUGAGAUUGCUCAGCUGUACUGUAUUUUCAAAAGGCUAGCGACUCCCACGGAAAAGACCUGGCCAGGUGUGAGCAAACUACCGCACUACAGAAUGGAGUUUCCUCAGUGGACCCAGAGCACCGUCGAGGAUGACCUCAAAAAUUACCUGGACACAGAUGGUCUCCGAAUUUUACUGCAGAUGCUUGUCUACAAUCCAGGAGCACGAAUUUCCGCAAAAGCUCUUCUGAAGGACGCAUACUUUAGCGAUAUCGACCGGAACAGACUACCUGCCGGCAAUUUCGAUGGAACUUUCCAGCCGCCGCCUCUUUGA